CAGAGGCGGUCAAAUCAAGGCAUUUUUAGAUUUGAAUUGAGUUCAACCACACCAUGUCUGAUAACGUUCAUCCUUCAAGUAACGAAGAUGAUGCCAUCGUUAUGAUGCAUGAUAUAGGACCAAUCUUCAAUGAUAUCAUGUUAUCUCGGAGAUUUACAAGUUGGGACAAUUUUGAGACCUGUUUGAAAGAAGUACAUAAGUAUACGCAUACUAGGUACGUUAUGUCAGUAUGCAAAAAGAACAAUGAUGACCCAAAUCUAAAGUAUCUUUUCGUGAGAUAUGUUUGUACAUAUGGACGUAAACGCAGUUCGUCAGAGUCAGAUGCUUGCGUUCAGGAUGUAGGUGAUGAUAGUGAUCAUCAUUCUUCCGAAGAGCACACAACUUCUAACUCACCCCCACAACCUAGACAAAGAAGACGACGUCGGUCAUCUACGUCGAAAUAUUGUCAUUGUCAAUCUGGAUUUUGGGUCCGUGCAGUAAAUGGUGAGCUGAAAGUCACCUCUAUCAAGACCGUGCACAACCAUCCUUGCACAGAAGGAUAUAUUUCUGUAGAUCCUUCAAGAAGAAAGUUGACGUCAAGUGAACGUCUAUAUUUAAGAACUUUUCUAAUGAGUAAUACGCCGACUCGUAGUUUACGGCAUCUGGUUUCUUGGAAGUUCCAUAAACAGCUUACCAAGGAUGAUAUCUGUAAAAUGCGUUCACAGUUGUACCCAGACACCAAAAAUAUCAAUAACAUUUUACAGCGCGUUCAAGCAAACACUGAAGUUAAAGUACUCAGUGAACAUGGAAACAUAUCUAUGAUUUGCUUCAGUCGCAGGGAGCAGGUAUCUAUUUACCACGCGUUCCCAGAGGUGGUAUGUAUUGACUCGACUUAUCAGACCAACAAAGUUGGUUUUCCACUGUUCCAGCUAGUGGUGACUGAUAGUCUUGGGCAAGGGCACACUGUUAUGUAUGCUCUUUGCAGGCAAGAACGACGAGAAGAUGUCGUAAAAUUAUUGGAAUGCUUCAAAGAUAUAAUGUGCUGUACUUAUGAUACACGCACUUUUGUUAUGGAUUCGGCAGCAACCGAAAUUUCAGCAGUGCAGUCUACGCACAAUCAUGCCGACAUAGUACUUUGUUCAUUCCAUGUCUUAAGAGCAUUUUUCAGGAAGUUCCGAAAUCCUGAUGUACGUAAAUGCUUGGAACACCUUGUAAAGACUAGACGGUCUGAUAUGUGAGCUUCGUUCUUCGUAACCUACGUUUGCGUCCAUAUGACGCUGUGAAGGAUCUUCAACGUUUUCCAAUUCUUGAGGUUCCUAUGUCAUUUCGAACUCUUUUAAAUGAGUUCACAUCUUUUGCAGCUAAAAUUGUAGCUGUAAAUUAUAAACGUGUUAGGUCAAUGAGACACGAAUGUAUAGCAGGGGAAUACAUCCGGUGCUACGACAAGGGUAUGAUGUAUGUUGUUGAUACUUCACGUGCACGAUGUGCUUGUGAGCGUUUCAAUGACUACAUGCUGCCCUGUGGUCAUAUUCUGUACGCACAUUCUAAAGAUCUAAUAAGUGGAGACUUAUUUCGACAUAGCAGCCGGUGGACAAGGAAAUAUAUAAUGGACUUGGUUCUUCGUGCGCUGGACAACAUGUCAAUCUCUACCGGGAGUGAUGAUCUGCUAGAGAAGUUCACUAAUAACUACCACUCAAUCUAUGCUCUUAGUGAACCCUUGGCAAGUAAACUCAUCCGUUCAUGCUUCGAAGCAUCGGAAGAAAUAUGCGCACAAGUGAUGAGUUCAAUCGGUGCUAAUGAUGAAGCCACAUAGUCAGAAUCCAUUGUUAACACUGACCAUAGCUAUGCUUCUUGAUGACAAGAAGUUCUAAUAUUGUAAUGUUUUUAGUUUCACAUAAAUUUAUUUAUAUGGG